AGACCGCGUGUGUGAGCCUCGGCAAAACAAAAGCCAGAGCUUUAGAACUUACCAUGUCACAAAGUUUCUUGAUUCAAAUGAUGGCAAUUUAUAUCGCGGAUUGCUUGAAACAGUUUGUCAAAUCUAGCCCGUUUUCCCCCGACUGUGUGUGUUCCAUCACUUGCUCGGCGCGAGACAUGAUUCCAUUGCGAUUCCAUUGCUCGAUUACUUCCGCCGUUUGGCUAGGCACGAAUCUAGGCAGAAGGGGUUGACUAUACAGACCAUAAUCCAAAAGGGGUACCUGCUCAUCUCUUGGUCAGUGUGGUAUGUCUGAUAAGGAUUUACAUGCUAGAACAAGCUCUUCAACAUCAUCUUCCUCGAGUCAAAACAAACAGGGGGACAUAUCUUGCAAGAAGCGGGAUUGCAAAGCCACUAUGAGCAAGACCUCUAAGCUGUUAUCUACCAGCGCCAAGAGAAUUCAAAAAGAGCUGGCAGAUAUCACACUGGACCCUCCGCCAAACUGCAGCGCUGGUCCCAAAGGAGACAACAUCUAUGAGUGGAGGUCAACCAUCCUGGGCCCGCCAGGCUCUGCUUAUGAGGGAGGGGUCUUCUUCCUCGACAUCGCCUUCACACCUGAUUACCCCUUCAAACCACCCAAGGUAACGUUCCGUACAAGGAUCUACCACUGCAAUAUCAACAGCCAGGGAGUAAUCUGUCUGGACAUCCUGAAGGAUAACUGGAGUCCAGCCCUCACCAUCUCCAAGGUGCUGUUGUCCAUCUGCUCCUUGCUCACAGACUGCAACCCUGCUGAUCCCCUUGUUGGAAGCAUCGCCACCCAGUACACAGCUAAUAGAGCGGAGCAUGACAGAACAGCCAAACAGUGGACAAGGCGCUACGCCACAUGAGCCCACAGAGACAAACAGUGUGUGUGUGUAUUUUUGUUUUGUUUUUUGACUCAUGAUUAAGUUAUCUCAAUAAAUAUGAAAAUAAAUAUAAGGAAAAUA